AUGAAUUUACGAGAAUAGGUCGCACGUCGCAUAGAUUUUUGGUUGAUUUCCUUUUCACUUUGCUUUCGUAUUCUCCGUAAGAUCUAAUAAACUAACGUUAAUUUGUGUUUCUGGUUAUAUUUUGAUUCAACGGAGUCGGUGUCGGUGCCGUAACACCGAACGCAAGAUAAGUACGAAUGUGGACAGCAUCUUAUUGAUUUUCUUUCCUUGCAUACGCUUUCAACCAACGCGAAGUGGUGUUAACAAUACUAGUGAAGAAUCUAUGAUCUAGUUCGUAUUUAACUAACUUUUUAGUCCAGCGACUGGACCGUGUCCCCGGAAAUCUGUAAAAAUACUUUAGUAAAAAUGAUGGCAAAUUCACUUGACACCGUUAACGCGAAUCAACCCACGCAAAAUGGUAGCAAGGUGCAACCGAGCAAUAAUGAGUCGAAGACCAACCUAAUAGUGAACUACUUGCCACAGACGAUGACACAGGAGGAGAUCCGGUCACUGUUCUCGAGCGUCGGCGAAGUAGAAAGUUGCAAGUUGAUAAGAGACAAAGUGACCGUAUUCCCCGACCACAUCCUGAACGGGCAAAGUCUUGGAUACGCCUUCGUCAACUACCACAAGGCGGAGGAUGCAGAGAAGGCGGUCAACACACUGAACGGGUUGAGAUUACAGAACAAGAUCAUCAAAGUGUCGUACGCGCGGCCGAGCUCUGACGCUAUCAAAGGCGCUAACCUGUAUGUGUCCGGUUUGCCCAAGCACAUGACGCAGCAGGAGCUAGAAAAGCUAUUUGGGCCUUACGGCUCCAUCAUCAGUUCGCGCAUCUUGCAUGAGAACGUAAACGUGGGCCACCUCCUGCAGGGCGGCGGCGACGGCGAGACCAUCCAGGGGCCCUCGCGUGGCGUCGCCUUCAUCCGUUACGACCAGCGCUGCGAGGCCGAGGCUGCCAUCCGCGAGCUCAAUGGCACCGUGCCCCCUGGUGGAACGGGCCCCAUGACUGUCAAGUGCGCCAACAACCCCAGCAACCAGAACAAAGCCCUCGCUCCACUGGCCGCAUACCUGGCACCGACUUCCACACGCCGUUUCGUCGGUCCUGCGGGCAAGGCUCUCUUGGCCAUCAACAAAGGUUUGCAGAGAUUUUCUCCCCUAGCCGACCCCCUGAUUCAAGGUAAUGCUCUAGGAGGCUCAGGUUGGUGCAUUUUCGUGUACAAUAUUGGAGCUGACACAGAGGAAAGCAUCCUGUGGCAGCUCUUUGGCCCGUUUGGUGCCGUCCAGAGUGUUAAAAUUAUAAGAGAUCCCACUACCAACAAAUGCAAAGGUUAUGGAUUUGUGACCAUGACCAACUAUGAUGAAGCAGUGGUGGCCAUCCAGUCUCUCAACGGCUACUCAUUGAAUGGCCAGGUGCUCCAGGUCAGCUUCAAAACGAAUAAGAGUAAAUCUUAAGCUCUGCAAAGUCUAGUCAAUAAAUUGUAGCUAAUACAAAAAUGUUGAUCAUUACUGUCAUGGACAUCACAAGAGAUUGAUUAAUUUUAGUAUGACAUAGGUAACAGUGUGACAUGAGAAUUUUUUUAAGUCAGUGUGAAUAACAAGUACAAAAUAUGGACCUUCCUUUAAGUGACUAUCUUCUUGUGGCCUGUUUACAGUAAUAUUUAAAAUACACAAGUUUUUGACAUAAUGUCAAAUUGUCAAUUGCCUAGGAAGUAGUUCACAAUCUCACAUUCAGGGAAGGUUCUAUACAUAACAUCACUUUUUUAAUACUUAUUUUCUUCAUUCAUACAACAGUGAGACUGUAUUUCUCCCAUAUUUCUUUUACCUUUCUAAUAAGAUAUCCAUUUUAUAUCAUAGUUAUUUCUGCUGACGGACACUCACUCUUGAUCCAAUCAGGUAACUGAUGUAGACUAAUGGUUCUAUCUCAAGCAAUUUUAAUGUUAAAUGUAUCACUAAAAUUCAUAUUUAAACUUCUUAAUGUAAGCUAGGCAGUGCUAGAUGUAACACUGUGUCAGUUAUGAUGUCCAAGUGGUAAAUUAAAUAUAGUCUACUGAGGUAAUCAGGAAAUUUUGUAACCCUGUAUGUGUAUAAACUUCAUGGGUAGUUAAGUCCCCAAUCAAAUACUUUCCUUCUUUGCCAACAAGGAUGGAACACCAAUAGAAAUAGACAUUUUUGACCCUCAUGUUACCAAGCAAUACUUAUACAUUCAGAAGUCACUAUAUUUGGCCCUUGUUGAAUUUUAUCCUGGGCCCAAUUUGGUGACUCCAAUAAAAUCAUAUUCAUAGAUACCUAUGAAUGUUACCUGCCUAAACUAUAAUAACGGAUUUUUUACAUCUGCUCUAAACCCAAUUUGCAUAUUACAUUAGUUAUGGUAAAACAUGCACAGAAGUGUGUUAAGCCAAGUUGCAAACCAGGCUAAACAAGUGCAUGUACUAGAUGUUUUAUAAACUUGUAUGGAUUACAUUAUACAAGUUCUAGUGAUAUUAUUUACAUGAUACUGGAACCAAUAUGCUAGCAGAAUUUUCUCAAUUCUUGCAAUAAUAUUUUACGGAUUGACAGUGCAAUAUGAAACUUUUUACUAUAAGUAAAAGUAAAUUAAAGUUUAUUAUUUAUAUAUAUGAAAAUGCCAGGUGCAAUUAUAUUUACUUACCUACAAAUGUCUAUGAAAACUAAAAUAGCUGCAAUAAAAAUAAUACUGUUUUAUCUUUACUAUGGUUUAUUUUGUGGACUACCAAAGAUGUCAAAGUAUAUUAAUAAUUACAUACAACUAUGACUGAUAAAGUAAUGUACACAUCUUUGAAGUAAGAGAAUUCACAGUACUAGAGUGUAUAAUAGCAUUCUACUUCUUCCAUUAAAUAUGUACAUGUUUCCGAAAGUUUUACAAAUAAGAACCCUCAUCUCUCAUUGACAAGGACGCUAAAUAAUGUAUUAUAAUGAAGGUUGAUUGUUUGAUUUUGAGCUAGACUCAAAUGCACAAAAUCAUUUGAAAAAUAGUUUUACUGAUAUUAUUAUUCAAACAUAUAUUUAUUAUACCCUCUUACAGUAUAUUCAUAUGUGUAACUCUACUAAAUUCCAUUUAGGCGUUUUGUGGAUAGAUAUUAUUUAAGAUUUGAUUUGGGUUAUUAUUGACUAUCUUAAAAAGUAAUCUCAAUCGAAAUUAUGAAGAUGAAGGACCAUGACAUAACUCUGUAAUUAUUGAUCAACAUUUUAUUGAACUAAAUUUUGUAUGUGUCUAAUAUAUGUAUCAGACUUGUGCGCACAUAUUUGUAGUGAAUGUCGACUUGACAAACUCUUCUCUGAUACGCUAGAGGCAAUGCCUGGCUCAAGCUGCAGUUGGAAGGGGCAGAUGGGCGGUAGGGCGCCAGCUCCUGCUGAGACCUACAGUAGGUUUAGUGAAUAUUUAAGCAAUACUCCAAGAUUGUACCCAUUUGCUACCUUUGAACUCGCACAAAAUUCAGGCAUCAACAUGAAUUAUGAUAUUGUCUCUCUAAUUCAUUUAAUUAAAUAAUCAUUAAUACAUACUAUUUAUUAUUACAUUUACUUAAGUAAUUUUAUAUUUCAUUAUAAACAUAAUUUAUUAUCGUAAUCAUAAUAGAAAUGUAAUAGAUUUCAUUUGAUGUUAUAAUAUUAAUGUAUUGAAUAUUACUUAGUGUAAGUUUUCUGUAAACUGAGUAAAGAUGUACCUACCUAUCGCAAGAUUUGUGUCGUUCCCAUUCGUGUCUAGUAGAUUCCGUAACUUCAUAGUUAAUUACUCAUAGAUAACAUAAAUGCAUAUCAGGUAACAUAAAACAACUAAAGAGGUGAGAAUUUCUUAAAUAAAUCGUCUAGAAAGGAUAAUGAAUGCAUUUGGAAUAAGUAUUUUCUUUAAUUUCUUAUUCACAUAAGUAUAAAUGUUUCAUUAAGGUAUAUAAUUAUUUAUUUAAAGUACUUAACUACACGGAACUAGUCAGCUAUAAUUUUGCGCAACAUAAAUUAUUAUAUUUAGAGUUUAAAUAAACUGUGUUCUCUAAUUUAAACUUAAAUGUAGUUGCUUAGGAUUUUGAGUUCAAAUUAUGUUGGUGUGGUGUUUGGUUAACGUAAGUUUGUAUUAUAACACGGGCCGAGCUCGGCAACUUCCACGCCGGACCACCGACGCGCACACCUCGCCGUCUUUGGUCCUCGUGGAAGCCAGCGGGCGGCUCCGGAACUUCAUAUAACACAGCGAAAUGCAAAUGUGUUUGGAACUAGUCAGGUUAAAUGUACCUCUUCAUUUCUUUGCAGUGAAAAAAAAAUUCAAUGUUUCAUACGUUGAUUUCAUAGAUAUUAAUUAACUUGUUUAAAUUUGUCCAAGUAGUACCGUCGAAAACAAAAUAAGUCGCCUUUUCUGGCUGGCACUGAAAUAGGCUAGGUAUUUAGUAAGAUUACGACAACGCUUAAAAAUUUUGUUCUCGACUGGGCAGCUGGAUAAUUUAAAAUUGUCACGCGUUUUAAUAGUUAGGGCAUUCAUUUAUUACUUAAUUGUAAUUUAAUGUAUAUUGUGUCGUCCCUGGCUUGGAUGAAGGAGCAAUGGAUUAUAGAAAUAUUGCUCAUAAUAAUAGGGUUCCGUACCUUAAAUACUUGGUCGUGAGAUUAAUUCGCGUCGCCGAAAUCAUCGGGACUAUGCGAAUUUCUCUUUAUAGUUUCAAUUACAGUAAUAAUUAAAUGAAUUUGGGUUCUCCCAUGCUUUAUGAAACAGUCUAGGGACAAAUUCCGUGUUCUAACCCAGUUUAUGACCAUCUAAGCUUUCGGUGUUUGCUUCGGCUAGACCCUUGGUUGGCCUCUCCACACUUCCAGUAAAUGACUCUCGAACUGAGCUGCUACUCCUACGUCACUGGUACGGAAUCCUCCAAUCAUAACUUCACUAAAUUCAUACCGCUGCCAUUACACCUGACCCAUUUAAAGUUUUGUUCUCCAUUCAUAUUUUGUGUUUUAGUUUUUUGUUUGUGUUUAGAUUAAUUUAAUUUAACUACUAACAUUUCGUUUUUUUAGGCGUCUUAUGUAUAUUUAACCACAUUAACAAUUUUGUUUAUUAUUUUUGUUCUGAGAGCUGCCGAGACUGCGGCGCCAGGCGCGACAGUCUCGGCGGCCCUACCUCGGGCAGGUUUGGGUAUCGUAAGGUUUUGGCCUAGGAUGUAGUUCUAGAGUUAUUUAAGACAAAGUACAAAUCGCCGAUAAAUGUAUGAGGAAAUACAAACAUGUGGACUUGCUUACAUUUAAUUUUGGAAUAAUGUCAACGAAUGUAAUCUGAUGUAGGUAAUAUAUAGACAUUAAAAUAUUGACAUUAGCAAUAAUAUAAAAAA